AGGCCUCCUCCGCGCAGCGGGUGGGAAGCGGGCAGGGCCCUAGUCCUGAGGGCGGCCUCCCUAGGCCCCUCCCUCCCUCCUGCGCGCGGCUGGUUUGAAUGAAGCGCUUCAGGGGUUGGGGCGCGAAGGGGGCGGCAGCCAAUCAGAGCGACGGAUUUUUCGCGCUGGUUUCGGCUGCAGCAGCCGCCGCCGCAGAAAGAAGAAGAAGAAGAAGAGGAGGAGGAGGAGGCGAGGGAGACUCGAAGGCGGGCGGAAGAACGAACGGACGGAGGAAGGAAGGAGGGCGAAGGCGGCGGUUGGUUUAUCCGUUCCCCGGCGGGGAGGGGAUGCGGCAGCCCUUCGGAGCGCGGCAGCAGAGCAGCAUUAAAUUGGCAGUCUCUUGCUGAAUGGAUUUCAAAAGUGGUUCUCUGCUGUUAACCAAAAAAAGUGUCACCCAUAUUAAAAUGAAGCAUGUACCAGAGACCCUUAGAAGUACUACAGGAAAAACACAGAACUGUGAAAUGAAUCGGGACUGUUCUGUCUUCCUGAGCAAAACACAUCUUUCCACCACAUUGCAGGAAGAUGUCAUGCCAAAAUAUAAUGGCCACGAUGCUCUUGCAUUUAUCCCAGCAGACAAAAUGAAAGAUCUUACUUCUUGUGUAUUCAAUGGAGAAUCAGGAACACAAGAUAACAGGCUGCAUUUUGAGUCUCAGGAUAUAAAAGAAGUUGGAACUCCACCUAACACUACACCAGUCAAGAACGGCUCUCCAGAGAUUAAAUUGAAAAUUACUAAAACUUACAUGAAUGGAAAACCUCUGUUUGAAUCUUCUAUUUGUGGUGAUAAUGGAAUAGAUGUCCCUCAAGUUGAAGAAAAUGAGAAAAAGACAUCAAAUAAGGAGAGGAGUAAUAGAAAAAGAAGUAUCAAAUAUGACUCUGUACUUGAGGAAGGUUUUGAAGAAGAAUCAUCUGUGUCAAAUGCAUCUAGUCCCUUUGAGAAGAUUUCUGCUAAAGAAGAUUUAGUUCCAGGAAAAGAUGACAAGGGCCAUCUACUGAGGUAUCAAAUAGGAGACUUGGUAUGGUCCAAAGUAUCUGGCUAUCCAUGGUGGCCGUGUAUGAUUUCAACGGAUCCUCUCCUUCAUAACUUCACAAAAUUAAAUGGUCGAAAGAAGAGUUUUCGUCAGUAUCAUGUGCAGUUCUUUGGAGAUGCUCCAGAACGAGCUUGGGUAUUUGAAAAAAGUCUUGUACCAUUCAAAGGAGAAGAACAGUUUGAACAGUUAUGCCAGGAAAGUGCAAAACAUUCCCUUACCAAAGCAGACAAAAUGAAGAUGUUAAAACCUAUUUCUGGAAAACUACGUCCACAGUGGGAAAUGGGUGUUAAACAAGCAAAAAAUGCAUUAUUAUUGACAAUGGAAGAACGGAAAGCCAAAUAUACUUUCAUUUAUAUUAGGGGCAGACCUCUUCUUAAUCCUCAAGUAGCAAAGGAAGCAGGUCUUGUUGUUAAAACUUUGGAAGAAAUGGAUAAAAUUUACACAGAUGAAGACAUUUCUCAGACUUUGAAAUCAAAGAAAGGUUAUCAUAUUCCUGCCAAGAGGAGGAGGAAAGCAAAAUUGCUUGUAAUGACUGAACCUGAAGAAAUGGUCAGCCAUGCUAAGAAUAGCAGUCCUGAAAAAGUCCUUGAAGAGAAAGAAGCCAAAAGAGGCUCAGGCUCUCCCGUCAGUAGGAAAAAGCCUGUUCCAUAUCUUCCACGAGGCAGAAAAGGAGAUGCCGUUUCUCAGUUCUUGGUUUUUUGUCAAAAACACAGAGAUGAGGUGAUUACUGAACAUCCAGAGGCCUCAGCUGAUGAAAUUGAAGAGCUGCUGGAAUCACAGUGGAACAUGCUUAGUGAAAAACAGAAAGCACGCUAUAACACAAAAUUUGGCAUAGUGACCUCUCCCAAAUCUGAAGAAGACACUGGUUCAUCACAGAAGAAUGUGGGAGAGACCAAACGUAAAGUGUUUCAAGCAUCACCUAAGAGGAGAUCAAGAUCCAGAAGUAACUUACAUGGAAAUAAAAGGAAACCAAUAAAGAGGACAAAGAAACACACAGAAGAUUUUGAAGUUGAGGAAGCACCUAGGAAAAAGCUCAGGAUGGAUAAAAAGAAUUAUCAGAAGAGGGAGACAUGCAGUGACAAAACAGCAAAAACAAACUCUUCUAAGGUCACAGAAACCUCUUCACAAAAGAACCAGUCAGGUCUAUCAGAUGCAUGUAAGCCACUGAAGAAGCGAAAUCGGGCUUCAGCAGAAGAAUCUUCGCAUCUUGCUUAUAGCAAAAGUUCAUCUCCUUCAACUUCCUUAACUGAGAAUGAGAUCUCAGAUAGCCAAGGAGAUGAGCGGUCAGAAUCUCCCUUUGAAAGUGCUGAUGAGGCACUAGCAGAAAUGUCUCAGUCCAAAAAGACUGACCGAGGAGCUGCAGCAAGAAAGGAAUAUGUUUGUCAGAUCUGUGAAAAGCCUGGAGAGCUGCUGCUUUGUGAAGGACGCUGUUUUGGUGCUUUUCAUGCAAGCUGUACUGGCCUCUCUGGAAAGCCCUCAGGACACUUCAUUUGUACUGAAUGUUCUUCAGGUUUUCAUACAUGUUUUGUGUGCAAAGAGAAAAAAUCUGACGUGAAACGCUGUAUAGUGUCACACUGUGGAAAAUUUUACCAUGAAACCUGUGUGAAAAAAUUCCACCUGACUGUAUUUGAAAAUAGGGGCUUUCGAUGCCCUCUCCACAGUUGUAUCAGUUGCCAUGUUACUAAUCCUUCAAAUCCCAAAGUUUCCAAAGGCAAAAUGAUGCGGUGUGUUCGCUGUCCUGUUGCUUAUCAUGCUAGUGAUGGUUGUGUUGCAGCAGGAUGUGCAGUGAUCACUUCUAGCAGCAUUAUUUGUACCAGUCAUUUCACUGCCACUAAAGGGAAGAGCCAUCAUGCACAUGUUAAUGUCAGCUGGUGUUUUGUCUGCUCCAAAGGAGGAAGCCUUUUAUGUUGUGAAUCUUGUCCUGCUGCCUUUCAUCCAGAUUGCUUAAACAUACAAAUGCCAGAUGGAAGCUGGUAUUGCAAUGACUGCAAAGCAGGGAAAAAAAUUCAUUUUCAGGAUAUUAUUUGGGUCAAACUGGGAAAUUACAGGUGGUGGCCUGCAGAAGUCUGCCAUCCAAAAAAUGUUCCCCCAAAUAUCCAGAAAAUGAAGCAUGAGAUUGGAGAAUUUCCUGUGUUUUUCUUUGGGUCUAAAGAUUAUUAUUGGACACAUCAGGCUCGUGUAUUUCCCUAUAUGGAAGGAGAUCGAGGAAGCCGAUACCAAGGAAUGAAAGGAAUUGGAAAAGUCUUCAAAAAUGGGCUUAUGAGAGGAAACACAUACACAGGGAAUGGAUGCCUAGCAGACUAUAGUCAAAACGCAGUGUAUUUUCUUUUUAAAGCUUUGCAAGAGGCUGAGGCACGUUUUCGAGAAAUAAAGUUUCAGCGUGAAGCCAAAGAAACUCAAGAAAAUGAACGCAAACCUCCUCCUUACAAACACAUCAAGGUAAAUAAACCUGUUGGAAAGGUUCAAGUGUAUACUGCUGACAUUUCUGAGAUUCCCAAAUGCAACUGCAAACCCUCUGAUGAAAACCCCUGUGGUUUUGAUUCUGAAUGUCUAAACCGGAUGUUGAUGUAUGAAUGUCACCCACAAGUGUGUCCAGCUGGAGACAGCUGCCAAAACCAAUGCUUUACUAAACGCCAGUACCCUGAAACAAAGAUCAUAAAGACUGAUGGCAAAGGAUGGGGCUUGAUUGCAAAGAGAGACAUUAAAAAGGGUGAAUUUGUGAAUGAAUAUGUUGGUGAGUUAAUUGAUGAAGAAGAAUGUAUGGCAAGAAUCAAAUAUGCUCAUGAAAAUGACAUCACACACUUUUAUAUGCUCACUAUUGAUAAGGACCGCAUAAUUGAUGCUGGACCCAAAGGAAAUUAUUCUCGUUUUAUGAAUCACAGCUGCCAGCCAAAUUGUGAGACUCUGAAAUGGACAGUACAUGGUGACACUCGUGUGGGGUUAUUUGCUGUGCGUGAUAUUCCAACAGGAACAGAACUGACAUUUAAUUACAAUCUUGACUGUCUUGGGAAUGAAAAAACUGUGUGUAAAUGUGGUGCUCCAAACUGUAGUGGCUUUCUUGGAGACAGACCAAAGAAUUCAUCUUCUAAUGCCUCAGAGGAGAAAGGAAAGAAGACCAAAAGAAGAACAAGGAGGCGUAAAACAAAGAGCAAAGCAAGGAAGAAAUCUGAGGAUUACUGUUUCCGUUGUGGUGAUGGAGGCCAGCUUGUAUUAUGUGACAGAAAAUCUUGUACAAAGGCAUACCAUCUCUCUUGCCUUGAUUUAGUAAAGCGCCCUUUUGGAAAAUGGGAAUGUCCUUGGCAUCACUGUGAUGUGUGUGGCAAGCUUUCUGUUGCCUUUUGCCACUUCUGUCCAAACUCUUUUUGCAAAGAUCAUCAAGAUGACGAAGUGCUUGAUUCUAACUUAAGUGGACAAUUGUUCUGUUCAGACCAUAUUGGGGAGAACUUUGCAGAAAAGAAGAUGAAAAGAACUGCUAGAAGAAUGACCACAUUGAAGGCUAAGAGAAGACAAAGAAACAAGUGGAAGAAGGUGGAAUGUAAAUUGUAUUAAACUGCAGUUUCUGCUGCCUGUAGAUAAGUUGUGAAUAGAGUCAGGAAAGGACACAUAUUUUACACAUGUGCAAGAAUGGGUUUAGGGGAAACAUUUUAAUCCACUGAGCCAAUCACAGCAGGGCAUACUGCUGUAACUGCACUGAUCAUGAGCUGUGGCAUGCCAAGUUCAAAAACUUCCAGGAAAAACCAGGUUUACUCUCCAGUGAUAAUGACAACACUUGAACUGUUAGGAGUAAAGCAAUUAUCCCCAGUAUUUCCCAGUUGGAGGUCUAUUGAUUUCCAACCAAUUAAUGUGUAUACAUUUGGCAUAGGUUUUGAAAUUGUAGUCACCAUCCAUGUUUUUAAAUAGUACUUGAAAGAUGUGAUUAACUUUUAAACUGAAAUGCUGUGGGGAGAGCUGACUGCCUCCUUGAAUUAAGUGUGGCAUGAGAAGGUAUCCUAUAAUUUAGAGGACAAAGCUGAGUGUACCCCACAUGCAUUCAACAUGGUCUUUUCCACGUGAAGGAUAUUUGGUUUUCUUCAGAGUUUUUGUUUUAUUGUAGUAGUAUUCUAUCAGGGAAUAAAAAUAUGAGGAAUAGAAGAAACAUACAAUGUGCUAAAUUGUGGGAAGCUCUGAAAGAAAGUCCUAUUUCCUGUUUAACUUCAGCUAAACAAAGUGAUAUAUGACCUAGGACCACCUGUAAGCUGAUAUUAAAAUUUGUGCCCAAUUUUUAAGAUUGUAUUUGCAUAAUAAAAACCUUUCAAA